AUGUCCACCGACACGGCCACCCCCAUCCUCGGGCCAUCGUUGGCCGGUCUGCUGGCUGCCGACGACGCCACGGCCCCCAAGCCCAUUUCCCUGCCAGCGGGCUUGCUCGGCCACGAUGGCUCCCUGGAUGUGGCUCUCUCCUUCGCGGCAUAUGUGGUCGAGGGCCGGCCGCUGUUGGCGGUGAAAGUGGGCCCUGCUCGGCGAGCGGCGCGCUAUGACCGGGCCUUCGGCGCACUGAGCCGGAAUGUCCCGGAGGCUGGGCUGGCUCCCGGGCUGGCCGGGCCGCUUGCGCCCGUCCGGGGGUGGCCCGACUUCGAGCUCUUCUUCCCGACCCCCUGCUCCUUCGGCCUGGCCCCGUGGGAGUUCAUUCUGCGCCGGGAGGAGGUGGACUCCUUCCGGCUGGGUGGCCCCAGCACGGCGAGCGUCGUGCAGCACCAGCACCAGACCCUGGUGGAGUUUCUCCUCCAGGCCGGGGUGCUUGCCGUGGUCCGGACAGUCCAGCUGGCCGAGCCCCUGGCCGGGCCGGAUGCUCCAACCGGCGCGGACGCCCAGGAGCUGGCCAUCGCCGAGGUGACCGAGGCCAGCGGGCUCCGGCCGGCGGUGGUGCACUUCUGGCGCAGCCACUUCGCCCGGUCAUCGGCGGCCGAGAUGCGCGAGCGGGCUCUCUUCGCGGCGGCCGACGCCUGA